UAUCAUGGAAAAUGUUAUUUAGGCUAGCACUUGAACAUAUGUUGUUCAAGCUCGAAUGACCAGAAACUAAUCGCAGCCCAAUAAUGGUUGCUUUUUCAAAAUGCUCAAGCUACCCAGUAAAACAACACCAUCUUUUCCACCGGGUAAAAAGAACGCAUUAACAUUUGGUUCAUUGACCACCAAAACCUCCCAAUUCAAGCCAUUUAAAGGAGCAGUCGCAGCUUUUAGCCCUCCCCCAUGAUCCUUCUUCCUAGCGUGCUUAACCAACUUAUCAUCAAGAAAUUCAUCUUCUUUACGCCAAUCUCCCUCAAGAUUCCUCCCUUCAACAGUCUCACACUAGGCCCUCAAUGUUUCAUGAGCUCUUCCCUCAUGAACUCAGGAGAAGUAUACCCCGUAUCACUCCACACAGUCUCAUGAUGCAAGCUGAGGCGAAUUCGUGAACAAGAACGUCACCGCAUCACGUUAUUACUAAUACCGACGACUCCGUUUUAAUCUCCAGCUAACUUGGCUUCUUCUCUUCUGCUCCAGAUCGGUCUUUUGCGCCAAAACAUUCCAGAAGUCAGUUCACUCUGUAACAUCUCAUGAUUUAACCCUUUUACUAAAUCCCGAAUUGCAUCAUUCGACAUCAAUCCAAUGCAAUCAUCCGAGAUGAGAAUCAAGAAAAUGGUGUCGCAUUACCAGUUCGAAGAACAAAAAUAAUGCAGCGGAACGGGAAGCCCCAUAGAUAGGAGCAUAAAUGGUGUCAUAUAUCCAGAUUUUAUUUCGGGUCUGGGUUGAAUAAGCUGGGCUCGGUCCAUUAGGCCCGAUUGAAAUGACGUCGUAUUGUAAACCGUGUUGAAAUACAAAAUGAAAUGCACGUGUGCGUUAUGAAAAGGGAACCGUCGUCCUCUCCUGUCGUUAAGAUUCAAAGAUUCAAGAGCGGAAAGGAGGAUAAGUUAGGGUUUAUCUGAUCAUCAACAUCUUGAGGAUCUAUUUUCACUUCCUCAAUCAUCUGUCACUCCGAGAUGACUAGUAAUACGUUAGAUAAGGAGAACGAAGAACCUGCACAAGGUGUGCCUGUUUCUUCUAAUAAUGAAGGACAAAAUUCCAUCAAUCCACAAGUUGAAGCUUCUCGCCCUGUGCCCUUGGCUGUCGAAGUGACUAACCCUGUUCUCCCUGAGGAUCAGCAUCCUCUAAAUGGUACCAACACAGCUACUGAUGCUAACAACUUUGAAAAAGAGUCCACUUCACAUAAAGAAUUAUCAACCUGUGUUGCUUUAGGAGCCACUGGAGGAUCAGACAAGCCUGAUAUUCAACUGCCUCAUGUUGUUGUCAAAGCUGAGUCCAAUGAAGCGCCUGGUGAUAAACCCCAAGAUCAAGUUAAUGAAGUUCCUGAUAUAAAAACUUUAGCUCACGCCAAUGAAGUUCCUGAUGCUAAAACCGAAGUUGAAACCAAUGAAGUUCCUGUUACUGUAACCCUAGUUGAAACUACUGAAAUUCCUAAUAGUAUCAACACCGUUUCCACAAACUCUGAAGCCCCAAACAACGCCUUUCCGACUAGUUCUGAGCCCCCUAAAAACACCAUUUCCAUUAAUUCUGAACUCUCUGUCUACACUGUUUCCUCAAAUUCGGAGACCCCUGCAAAUCCUGAGGCUGAACGUUCUUCCCAGGCACUGCAAACUAAAUUUGAACCUGCUACACCUAAGCCUGAUGUGGUUUCUGCUGACAUAAAACCUGAUAAUGCAAAUAGCACAGAAAUCAAAAGUGAAGUCAAGAAAAUAGAGUUGUCUACACCCACAGCAAAUGAGAACUCCAACUCAACAUAUUCAUUUCUCUUAGAUGAUAAUUAUGAGGGUAGUGAAUCAGGGACUGAGGAGGAGCAAUCUGCAUUCAUGAAGGAACUUGAAAAAUUUUUUAGGGAGAGGAGCAUGGAAUUUAAGCCUCCUAAGUUCUAUGGAGAGGGAUUGAAUUGUCUAAAGUUGUGGAGAGCUGUGACUAGAUUGGGUGGCUAUGACAAGGUUACUUCAUGUAAAUUAUGGCGGCAAGUGGGAGAGUCCUUCAAACCCCCAAAGACAUGUACAACAGUUUCAUGGACAUUUCGAGGUUUCUAUGAGAAGGCACUUCUUGAUUACGAGAGGCACAAGACAUGUGGUGGUGAACUUAGUUUCACCGUAGCUUCUCAAUCAGAGCCUAUGAAUAUGAAUAUUGAUAAUCAGGCUUCAGGAUCUGGCAGAGCAAGGAGGGAUGCUGCUGCCCGUGCCAUGCAGGGAUGGCACUCACAACGUGUUCUUGGUAAUGGUGAAGUCAGUGACCCUAUAAUUAAGGAUAAAAACGCUAUGUCCGUGCAAAAGCGUGAAAAGCAGCUUGGUUUACUUAAACGCAAGAAACCAUCAUACAUUGAACAACCUGUGAAAGCUGCUCGCACCAAACCAUCUAAGCCACAAUUGGACAUAGCAAUAGUUGAUAUUGGACAGCCGGCCGAUUGGGUGAAAAUCAAUGUACAGAAGACUAAAGAUUGUUUUGAGGUUUAUGCAUUAGUACCAGGGCUACUCCGUGAAGAGGUGCGUGUUCAAUCAGAUCCUGCUGGACGGCUGGUUAUAAGUGGUGAACCUGAGCAUCCCGAUAACCCUUGGGGUGUCACGCCCUUCAAAAAGGUUGUGAGCUUGCCAGCGAGAAUUGACCCUCAUCAAACAUCAGCAGUUGUCACACUGCACGGGCAAUUGUUUGUUCGUGUCCCAUUUGAGCCCUCGGACUAGUAGUUUCGGUCAAUAUCUGGAAGGGCAUGAAGCAUUUUAGCAGAAUCAUUAACCCUCGACAAAUGUCCAAAUUUUCAGUUAACCCGUGUAUCCAAUUUAUACUAGUAGGUUAAUGUAGUCUUGUCUGCCAAACUGAUGCUAGUUAGUAGAGUCUUUUCUUCAGGUCUUCAAUUGCCUUUCGCACGCAUUUUAUGUUGAUGGAGACAGCGAAAGAGGCUGUAUGAUGUUAUAUUUUAAAUAGUUAGCUUGCGCAAAUUACUUGUAACUCUUAAUUUGGCUGAUGUUCUCACAAGCGUCCUACCUUCAUUUAUCACACAGUCUGUUAGCU